AUGGCAGAGAACAUGGCGGAGCGAGUCGGGGGCGGGACGGUCUGCUUUUGUUCCGCUCUGUCUCCAAGCGACCUCCUCUUCCCCCUGUUAUUCCUCAGCUACACUGCCCUGCCUCAGGGGCAGCAGACUGGGCGGUUCCACCAUAAUCAAAAGGAUUGUAUUGGUUGUUGUGAAAGCAUUUUAACACUCUUCCUCCGCCCCGUCUCUCCCUCUUGUCCCUCACUCUCUCUCUCCAGUAUCAGUGAGAGCUUCCUGACGGUGAAAGGUGCCGCCCUCUUCCUGCCCCGGGGAAAUGGCUCCUCCCCUACCUCUGCUUCCCGCUUCGCUCAGCUCCGCAGCAAACAUGCAGGUGACCUCCAGCAGCACCUGCAGACCAUGUUCACUCUCCUCCGACCAGAGGACAACAUCAAACUGGCUGUCCGGUUGGAGAGUACCGUGUACCAGGGGACUCGUUAUAUGGUGGUGGUCUCCACUAACGGCCGUCAGGACACCGAGGAGAGCUUGGUGCUGGGUAUGGACUUCAGUCCUGCAGACAGCUCGUGCUCGGUGGGGCUGGUUCUCCCUCUAUGGAGCGACUCACUGAUACACCUGGAUGGAGACGGGUAACAAUGGCUCUCACACAUAGACACCAUACUGACAGGGACACACACACCAUACUGACAGGGACACACA